AUGGGCCUCUGCUUGGCACCUGCGCUGCUGCUGCUGCUGCUGGGGUCACCUGGCUCGGCCGGACGCAACCGAUGCCUGGACGCGGCCGAGGCGUGUACGGCGGACGCGCGGUGCGAGCGGCUGCGCACCGAGUACGUGGCUCAGUGCUUGGGUCGGGUCGGGGCAGGAGGCUGCCCCCGCGCCCGCUGCCGCCGCGCCCUGCGCCGCUUCUUCGCCCGCGGGCCUCCCGCGCUCACCCACGCGCUGCUCUUCUGCCCGUGCGCCACCGCCGCGUGCGCCGAGCGCCGGCGCCAGACCUUCGUGCCAGCCUGCGCCUUCGCGGGGCCCGGGCCGGCGCCGCCGUCCUGCCUUGCACCCUUAGACGCCUGCGAACACAGCCGGAUCUGCCGGUGCGGAGGGGGGUGGGACGGGUGGGGGGACUGGGCGGGGCCUCCCGCUCACCGCCCCUCCGUCGCCGCGCAGGCCCCGCCUCCUGGCCUUUCAGGCCUCUUGCUCGCCCGCCCCCAGCGCCCCCGACGUCUGCCUGCAGGAUGAGGCCCCUCGCUGCCUGCGUGCCUACGCAGGCCUUUCCUGGCGGUCCCAGCAGGCACCGCCGUCACUCCCAACUAUGUGGACAACGCGAGCGCGCGCGUGGCGCCUUGGUGCGACUGCGGAGCCAGCGGAAACCGGCGUGAGGAGUGCGAAGCCUUCCGGGGGCUCUUCACUAGGAACCGCUGCUUGGAUGGUGCCAUACAGGCCUUUGACAGUGGGUGGCCUCCAAUCCUGCAGAACCAGCCAGAUGUCCGCCAGGACCCUGAGCACAGCCUCCUGCAAGUGUCCUCCGCACAUGGGCUCCUGGUGGUGGAAUCCCUGCUUUCCAUGCUGUUUGUCCUCGCUCUGCAGCCCCUGCUCUGACUAGGACAGCCAACCUUGGACAACAACAUCAUACUGACAGCCAUACUGCCUGGGAUAUAGGGCCCCAUCUGCACCCUCUUGCCCCCUGAAAGUGGACUGGCUUGCCUCCCAAGCUGGCCCCAGUGCUCUUGCACUGCUGUCCUUUUUAGGUCUGGACACCCUGUGUGCCUGUCCCCUAGAGUGAGGGAUGUGGGGUUAAGGGCCCGAUGCAAAGCCCCUUGUUUCCCUUUUAGUGGGUUUCUUGGUUGUAGGUCCCUCUGUCCACUGACCUUGGAACAGUCAGGUUCUCCUACAGGGUAAGAUGGGAGGGGGUCACCUUUGUAGCUAAGUCCUCAGUGGGGCCCCAGAUCACCUACAAGUCAGAAACCAUCCAAAUUCCAAGAAUUUUAAGAGAUUUUUAACAGCUUCUCCGAAGAGAACAUACCCUAAGGAGUACAUCUGGACAGACUUACAGGUAAACUUUUUUUUUUUUAACACUGCAGCCUUUCAUGGCACCCUCCCAGGGAGGCACCACCUGUCAUGAUAUCCACCUAGGCCCCAUUGACUAAUGUUAGUAAGGUUCUUCCCAACCACGAUAUGCUGCUUGGUGUGCACCACCUGAAGUGAGACUCCAGUCCCCUGCAUUGCACUGGUCAUGUCACAUCUUCCCUGUGGUUUAACCUAGCACUAUGAAUGGCAACCAUAGCUCAAUAAACCUGU